GCAUAUUUGUGUACGCGGUGAGGAGAAGGAAAAGCAUAAAAAGCGCAUAUCUCUGACAUGAGAGCGCCAUUUUUGUUCUUAGCGUCUUUUCUUACCGCUUUACUCUUCUUUCCGCCGUUGACGUUCCAGACUCUUUCCGGUGCUAGACGAGAAGAGGCGGCAGGAUUUUGCAAUCAGGAAAGUGAGAGAGAAGAUCGAUCGAAAAGGAUGGAUACUUCGAGCUUAGGAGGAAUAAAGGAUUCAGAACAUGCGGCUAAUAGCCUAGAGAUCGAGAGCCUUGCGCGAUUCGCGAUCGAAGAGCACAACAAGAAAGAGAACGGGAUGAUGGAGUUGGUGAGUGUGGUGGAGGCAAAGAAGCAGGUUGUUUCUGGGGAGUUACACUAUCUUACUCUUGAUGUGAUUGAUGCCGGAAAGAGGAAGCAAUACAAGGCUAAAGUAUGGGUCAAGCCGUGGAUGGACUUCAAGGAACUGCAGGAAUUUAACUUUGUUAAAGAUAGUUGCACCAUUACUGCAUCUGAUCUGGGUGCCAAGAGAGAUGGCCCAGGAACAGGACUGAAAUCAGUCCCAAAAGAUGAUCCAGUUGUCCAGGAAGCUGCAGAACAUGCUGUUCAUGCUAUCCAGCAAAGAUCCAAUUCUUUAGACACUUAUGAGCUUCGGGAUAUAGUUUGUCCAAAAGCUGAGGUUGUCAAUGAUUCUGCGAAGGUUCAUAUGCUUAUCAAAACAAAGAGGGGAAAUGCCGAGGAACACUUCAAUGUUGAAGUGCACAAGAGCAGCAAUGGUGGUUUCAGUUUAAAAUCAUUUGAAAAGAUCGAAACUCCGGAAAACUGAUGAGUACCAACUUGUCGACCAUGUGUUUUGUGUUCCAUGGAACUGUUCUCUGUUGUGUUGUGUUGGUGUUUACUAAUGAAUAAAUGCCACUUAAGUUAUGCCAGUAUUGUGUUAUUUCUAUGGAAAACACUACUUGGCCUUGAGUUGAUGUUUUGAGGCAAGUCAAUUGGAAAAUGUCUAUGGAGUAGGGGAGGAUUGAGUCUUGGUUAUCCGGUCUUGGACCGUCAGCUUUCCCCCCAGAAAUGGCACUACCAACUGCUCUUGUCGAAUGUGUUUUGUUUGUGAUCCAUGGAAACACACACUGUUGUGUUGUGUAAACUAAUAGUAAUGUAAACAUGGCACUUAUGUAUUUGUCAAUUUUGUGUUAUUUCUGUGUUGUGUUCUGUACAACUAAUACGUAGUAGUAAUGUUAACAUGGG